GCAGUGAUAGACGCGUUGCUGUUGCUUCUCCACGUCUCCUACGCACAGAGUCGACGUAUGAACACCAACUGGCGGCCGGAAGUAGGGACAACGGGCAUGGUGAGCGAGGAGGACAAGUGCCGGCUCUUCAGCGAGCCUAACCACGAUUCCAUGGAGUUCUACAGCCCCCUCUACCCCAACGACUACCCCAAGGACACCGAGUGUAUCCUCAGACUCGAAGCUGCGUACGGCUACGUAAUACGAAUAGACUUCCGGGACUACUUUGACAUGGAACCGUCGGAGAAGUGUGAAUUCGACUUCCUGGAGGUGCGGGACGGUGCUCACGGGUACUCUGACCUGAAGGGUCGCUACUGCGGCCACGACUUCCCGCCUAUUAUCACCUCCAAGGACAGUCACUUGUGGCUCAGGUUCACCUCAGACGAGACCAUAGAGUACAAGGGCUUUAAGGCCGUCUAUCAAUACAUAGAAAAUACAGCGUUGGACAGACCAGAGAUCGGACCGUGUCAGUUCGAAGUAUCUGGAGUACAAGGCCUCAUCACUCACACCAACAUCACACAGUCGAGGUUGAACUACUCUAUCAACUAUAGUUACCCUGUUGACUGUACCUGGGUCAUCAGAGUCAAACCCGGCGAGAAGAUCUACAUGUUCUUUGAAAUGUUCCAACUUGCUGAGCCCAAUGAGUGCGACAACAACUACGUAGACAUAUUUGGCAAAGAGACGGAUCUGAGGAAUCGCAUCAAGCACUAUUGUGGCUCUGUAGCUGACCCCUUUAUUACCUCCAGCAACCUCAUGCACUUCCGCUUCUUCGCAGUCACGAGGGCACUAAAAUCAGAGUUCAGGGCAUGGUUCACUGCCUUCAGGGACCGCAUGCAAGAGGGUGAUGAUGAGAACAAGCAAUGUACUGAGGAGGAGUAUGACUGUGACGACGCCACCUGCAUCCACCACUCCCUCAAGUGUAACGAAAUCAAGAACUGCCGCCAUGAAUAUGAUGAGGAGGGCUGCGACUUGGGGAAUAAAACCAAGUUCAACAUCCAGUCAGAGCACAUUAUCAUCAUCCUGACACUGGGGUGUGGUCUGUUAGGUGGCAUGUGCUUUGCUAUGUGUUUCAACUGCAUCAGAAAGCUCAUCAGGGACGGCAGACAGAUACACGAAAAUAUUCGUCGAUCUCGUGAACAAUUAGAGGAGCGAAGUCAGAGGAGCCAGAGCAUGUCUAUUACAUCGUCGCCUCAAGCAGCUCAUCGACCAACAAUGAAUGAGACUGGCCCAUGGUACAUCUCUGAUGCUAAAACCAAUGGCCAUCCCUGUAUUAGGCCAGAGUCGGAGUCUGAAAGUGAGGUGGAUGAGGAUGAAGAUGAAGAGGAGAUUGAUGACAUGGAGGAAUCUUGUGUAGAAAUGCGUGACUGUGAGUGUCAAACGAGAGACUCAUUACUCACUCAAAGAGACUCUGGUCAAACUCAGCUCCCUAUGACGCCUCCACCACCUCCUCCACCUAAUAGACGCCCUCCUGGCCUUCCCCCAUUAAGUCCUGGUCCUCCUCCCUCUGUUCCCACACCACCUCCUCCCCCUGGUUCUCAUUAUGGACGUACUCCAGCAGGACCGUCUGGUCCACCAUCAGAUCAUUACGGCACCUACAGGAGAUCACCGGUACCAAGACACAACGAUCACUAUGAAGUUGAUGACCAGUCAGAUGACCCCUAUAGCCAGAGGUACCGUGCCGAGGCCGUUAUUGAGAUGAGGGAACGAGGACCUUAUGAGCCUACAAAGUCACCUAAGACAACACCUGAUGUGUUGGCAACACAUUGAGAUUAAAUCCAAGUUAGUUUUUUCAUAAAUGAAUUGUAUCUCCAACUGGAGAUCUUUUGUACAUGACUCAGUUCUUAGAGUUUACCUGUACUGUACCUAUUAUACACUCUUGAUAUUAAAUAUUCAAGAAGACCAUACUAAUUCAUAAAUGCUGCAAGAAUAUUGACAUUAAAUAAGAGUCAACAAGUCUUUCUCAGUGUGGACCUUAUUGUUCCAUAUGACUGCCUUCCCUUCUCCCUGGUGUCUUUGACAACUACUGACAUGGUAGUCAGUAGGACAAAGAGCCUAUGUCCUUGCCUUUUAAAGUAAGGCAAGACCAUCCUCAUCAGAGAAUGAUGCAUCUGGUGUGAAUACAUUGAUUUCCUGCAUUAUACCUCAUUUUGUAUAUAAAUUAUUUUUUUCACUGGUAGCCUGCACAUGAAGUUACCUGUAGGCUUGAAAAAUGCCAUGACCUUUUAUUCAUUAAAUUAUUUUCUUGAAAGAUUGUACAGUUCAAAUUUGAACCCUCUUUUAUGCUCCUCUUCAGGAGCAGUUAUUGCCCUUCCAUGGCAAUACAGUAUUGCCAUUGACUGGAUCCUCAAACAAUGGUUCAAGCAGCCAGCUACUGUUUUAUUUUAUACCAUAAUGAUAAAUUUUGGUGAUUUGUAUACAAAUUCUGUUUACCAUAUGAAAUUGAAAUUUUAUGGACUGAUGUGCUGAGUAAGGGUUAACCUUUAUAUUAUAAUGUGAUGAAACUGGUAGUGAUAAGAUAUAGGUACUGUAUCACUAUUACUGCCUACUAAUGGAGAAGAUAUGUGACAAAAUUUAGAUGAAUUGUGGGUCUGUGUUAAAAGCGCCAAAAUUAGCAUAGAUCAUGUUUAAUACAGUAUUUAUUGAAUUAUUUUAGAUAUACAGUAGUGCCAAGCUGAAUAUUUCCCCUAAAGCCUGUAAACUGGUACAAUCCAAGAUGGCCACAGCACGAAUUGCAGAAAUCAAAUGACUCGUAUCUUCAGGAAUGCUGUACUGUAUAUCACAUAUAAACGUGACUGAAGUA